AUGCGUCUGGAAAUCAAGCGCAAAUUAUUUGCCCGUUCAGAUCGCGUAAAAUGUGUAGAUUUCCAUCCGACAGAACCAUGGUUACUUGCAAGUUUAUAUAAUGGUAAUGUAUACAUUUGGAAUUAUGAAACACAGGCUCUGGUAAAAACUUUUGAGGUUACAGACGUGCCCGUUCGUGCUGCCAAAUUUAUUGCUCGCAAGAAUUGGUUAAUUACCGGAUCGGAUGAUAUGCAAAUACGGGUUUUUAAUUAUAAUACACACGAAAAAGUUACGACAUUCGAGGCUCAUCCUGAUUAUAUUCGAUGCAUUGCAAUACAUCCUACUCAACCUUUUGUUUUGACCGGUUCAGAUGAUAUGACAAUCAAGUUAUGGGAUUGGGAGAAAGGAUGGAAGAAUAUUCAGAUAUUUGAAGGACAUACUCAUUAUGUCAUGAAUAUCAAUUUCAACCCCAAAGACUCGAAUACAUUUGCUUCAGCUUGUUUGGAUCGUACAAUUAAAGUAUGGUCUAUUGGUUCAACUGUAGCGAAUUUCACACUAGAGGGUCAUGAAAAAGGAGUGAAUUGGGUUGAAUAUUAUCAUGGUGGCGAAAAACCAUAUCUAGUAUCCGCUGCUGAUGAUAAGCUUGUUAAGAUUUGGGAUUAUCAAAACAAAACCUGUGUUCAAACUUUAGAAGGACAUGCUCAAAAUGCCGCAUUUGCAUGUUUUCAUCCGGAACUACCCAUUAUUAUUUCUGGUAGUGAAGAUGGCACAGUUAAGAUUUGGCAUUCAAAUACAUAUCGUCUAGAGAACACCUUAAACUAUGGUUUAGAACGCGCUUGGACUGUUGCCUACCAAAAGGGAAAUAAUAACGUCGCGUUCGGAUAUGAUGAAGGAGCUGUUUGCGUCAAGUUAGGACGUGAAGAACCGGCUGUCAGUAUGGAUAAUUCUGGAAAAAUAAUCUGGGCAAAACAUAAUGAAAUUCAAACAGCCAAUAUCAAAGCUGGUCAUGAUGAUAACAUUAAGGAUGGUGAUCGUUUACCUUUACCUAUUAAAGAUUUGGGUAGUUGUGAAGUAUACCCUCAAACAUUACAACAUAGUCCUAAUGGAAGAUUUGUUGUUGUAUGUGGUGAUGGCGAAUACAUCAUUUACACAGCACUUGCUUGGAGAAACAAAGGGUUUGGUAAUGGUCUUGAAUUUGUAUGGGCAUUGGACUCAAAUGAAUAUGCUGUGAGAGAAUCUACAACAAAAAUUAAACUUUAUAAAAACUUUAAGGAAAGACCAAAUGCCUUAAAAUUGAAUUUUAUGGCAGAAGGAAUUUAUGGUGGUACUCUUUUAGGUGUAAAGAGUACUACAUAUUUGAAUUUGUAUGAUUGGGAAACAGGUUCUAUCGUUAGAAGAAUUGAUGUUAUUCCUAAAAGUGUACAUUGGUCGGAUAUUGGUGAUCUUGUAACCAUUGCCUGUGAAGACACUUUUUACGUUUUACGAUUUAAUCGCCAGUCCUAUACAAAAUUUUUAGAAAGUGGUGGUGAAAUUGGUGAUGAAGGUGUUGAACAGGCUUUUGAGUUUGUAACAGAAAUUCAAGAAAGUAUCAAAACAGGAACGUGGGUUGGCGAUUGUUUUAUUUACACCAAUACCGUCAAUCGUUUGAAUUAUCUCGUUGGUGCCCAGACAUUUACUAUUAGUCAUUUUGAUACAAAUAUAUACUUAUUGGGUUACAUUCCAAAAGACAACCGUAUAUAUCUGGCCGAUAAGGUAAUGGUUUUUAGCACACGAACUGUUUUACAAACCCUUUGGGUUUAUUUUAAUUCUUAUGGGUACUUUAAUGUUCAAUUUGCUUUGGUUCAAUUUAUUAAGGAUGUCAAUGUAUAUAGUUAUGCCCUUUCUUUAACCGUUAUUGAAUAUCAAACUGCUAUCCUUCGAAAUGAUCUCGAGACAGCAGAGCAAUUGUUUCCUACUGUACCUGCUGACCAAAGGAAUCGCAUUGCAAGAUUCUUAGAAAGCCAAGACCUCAAGGAGCUUGCUCUUGAAGUUUCAGCUGAUGUUGAGCAUAAAUUUGAGCUUGCCGUCCAACUUAAUAAGCUCGAUGUUGCUGUUGAAAUUGCGCGGGAAGUAAAUACCGAAACAAAGUGGAAGACAGUUGGUGAUUCCGCUUUAAGUGCUUGGAAGUUUUCACUUGCUGAAGAAUGUCUCAAGAAAGCUAAAGAUUCAAGUGGCUUACUUUUGUUGUAUACUGCCUCUGGUAAUGCAAAAGGUAUAAGGGAGUUGGCUGAAUCAGCUGUUGCGGAUGGAAAGAAUAACGUGGCGCUUGCAUGCUUUUUGCAACUCGGUCAAGUUGAAGAUUGUAUAGCUAUACUCAUAAAAACAGAUCGUAUCCCAGAAGCAGCAAUGUUUGCGCGAACAUAUCUUCCAAGUCAUGUUUCAAGAGUUGUUAAAUUAUGGAAAGAAAGUCUUGAAAAACAAAACAAGAAAAAGGCAGCAGAAGCUUUGGCAGAUCCGGCAGAUUACGAAAAUUUAUUCCCGGAUUUUAAAUAUGCGCUCAUUGCCGAAGAACUAUCCAAGAAAGCUCGAAAUACUGCUAUUCCUGCUACAUCAUACACAGAAUACAAAGAUUCGCUUGAUCAAGAUAUUAUUGCUGGAGUCAAAGAAAAAUAUCCUGAAGGAGUUUUACCAACCAACUUAUCAUCUCCUUUACAUAGUCGUCUUGUGAACAGUAUAGCAAGGAAAAAUGUGAAUGGCGAAAUGGAUGAUGAUGUUCUUUCGUCGGUAGCGUCUGUUGAUGACGAUCGCACAAGCAUUGCUGAUAAUAUGAGCCUUUUGAGUAUGGAAGUAAACACGACGGGUACUGGAUCAGUUCGUGGAGAUGUUGACUUUGAUGAUGCUGCGUCAUUUGCUACAUCUGAACACGAACGUCCGAGUGAUAAUUUAGUUUUCGAAGAGAAGGAAUUGGAAAGUUAA